GAGAGAGUGCCGCAAGAGAGAGAUGAAGAGAGAGAGAGAGGAGGAGAGAGAGAGUAGGAGAGAGACGGAGAGAAAGGAAGAGAGAGGGAAACCGUGCUUACUUUGGACGGGAGCAGUGAGACAGUUUGCAGAUGCAGACAGAUGUGCCCGAAGACAGACUCAGCAAUGAGGAGAAGGCGACCACGUGUGACAGUAUGACUCUGUCCAGCACGCCGACAGCUCGCAGAGGAAGCACUCCUCUGCCACUUAAGCACCAGCUCAGACGAGAAGAAGCUGUGCACGAUGACUGCGACUGGACAUCGAGUGCUGCUGGGCCCUCUGCGUCACCGAUCCGCUUCGGUCCAGCCUUGGACGUCACUCCGACGGUGGCGGUGGAGGGCAGACCUGAUGGACCUCUAAGGAUCGCCCUGCUGGGGCAGAACGGCGUGGGGAAGUCUUCUCUGGCCCUCGCCCUCGCCGGGGACAUGGACAGGACGGCCUCUGUGGAUUAUGAUGGGGAGGGAUACGUGUGCACGGUCACAGUGGAUGAGGAGGAGAGCGCCAUCAUUAUCUUUGACAACUGGAGACAGGACCUGUCGGCUCUGCAGUGCGAGGUGUGUGUCCUGGUGUUUUCAGUGACUGACAGGCGCAGCUUCCACCGCACCGCCCAACUCCGACUCCUUAUGAGAGAGAUUCAGCCCCAAACUCCCAUCAUCCUCGUUGGUAAUAAGAGUGACCUUGUCCGCACACGUGAGGUCCCCGCUCAAGAGGCCAUGUCCAGCGCUGCCCUCUUCAACUGCCUCUUCCUGGAGAUCUCUGCCUCUCUGGACCACCGCACCAUAGAGCUCCUGGAGUGUGCGGUGCGGCUAGCACGGGGCCAGUCCCCGUGGCCCCCGGGGAUGACCGCGGAGGACUUGAGCGGAGGAGGCCAACGCGAGAGCAUCACAUCCCGUGCCAAACGUUUCCUGUCCAGCCUGGUGCCCCGGUACCCGCGAGAGCGGGAGGCGGGCAAGUUCCUGAGGCAGAAGUCCCGCUCAUGCCACGACCUGGGGGCACUGUGAUUGGGCGUGUCUGGUGGUUGGAUUGUUGACAGAGGUAGAGGUAGAACACCAACAAAAGAGAGGAGGAGGUAGCGACACGGCACGUAGAGGAUGAGAGAUGAGGAUGUGAGUAGCUUAGGAGGUGUGAAUUUGAAGGAGCCAGAGCGAUGGCAGGACACUGUUGUGAGUGAUCAUCAUGUGCAUCCAGCAGUAGACAACAGCUAGAGUGAUGUUAGUGAUGUUUAUCUAUAGGAAGAUACAGCAAUUUUGUACACAAUCAACAAA